UUCGUUGAGCUCAGGACACAGUAGACGUCAUCUCAGGGCGCCGGAAGGAAAGCGCACUUGGGCAGCUCUUCAAGCUGAGCUGAGCUGGCUGAUCGCUCGGGAUCCUGUGUUGGCUUGUCAAGCGCUUUUGGCUGUUUUGGUAGUAGAGGGAAGACACGUAUUUACGCCUCGCAGAGCUUUUUUCCUCUGAAUUACGUAACUGUCAAGACAACGUUUUGAAGAUCUCAACCGACGACAUGGAUUCCGCCAAUCAAGACAUCAAUCUGAACUCUCCACAUAAAGGCCUGGACUCUGACUCUCUCUCAGACGUGCCUGAAGAGAGGGGGGCAGCCGCUGUGAGUCCUGGGACUUUCCCUCCGGGUCUGACGGAGGAGGAGGCCGAGGAACUGAGACUGGAGCUCACCAAGGUUGAGGAGGAGAUCCACACCUUGCAGCAGGUGCUGUCGGCUAAAGAGCGCCACGCGUCGGAGCUGAAGCGUAAACUGGGCCUGAGCCCCCUGAGCGAGUUCAAACAGAACGUCACCAAAAGCUGGCAGGACGUCCAGACCUCAAACGCAUAUCUUUCAGCUUCUGCCACUCUGGAUGACAUUGCCAGCUCUGAAGUGUAUAAAAAGACUCAGGAAACGCUGUCUCAGGCUGGACAGAAGACCUCAGCCGCCCUCUCCACUGUUGGCACGGCCAUCAGCAGGAAACUGGGUGACAUGAGAGCUCUUCCUUUCUCUAACUCCUUUGGUAGCAACUACUCCAUUCGCCAUUCAAUAAGUAUGCCAACUAUGAGGAACUCUCCAACCUUCAAAUCAUUUGAGGACAAAGUUGGAAACAUCAAGUACAAGGUGGUUGGAGGCAAAGCCAAUGGUGAAAGUGCUCACUCUCCGAACGAGUCAAACCCGGUGCAGGACAACGCUCCGUUCUGAGAGCCCACCCUCUUGAUUUAAACAUUCAUCUCAUUCUUUGUGAAUCCUGACUACACCCACACUUCCGUUGUCCCAGUUCUCCCGUUCUCUCUGAAUUCUUUCAUCCCUCCUUCCUAUGUCUCCUUUGAUCCCCCUCCACCUACUGCUAGCAUGUGCUUGCUCAUCUCACUGAAAACACACACACACGUAGUACAGAUUCUGUGACAUGAAAUCAUCACAGGUUGUACAAAAGAAGACAAAUGAUGAAUCAUUUUGUAUUAGAAACUAUUUUACACUGCUUUGCAUAAUGUUUUUACAUAACUUUUAUCUACCGUAUAUAUGACUAUAAAGGAAUACAAAUAACUAUAUUUAAACAGUACUGCCAAGCAGCAUUCAUCAGGCAGCAGAGGGGUACAAAAUACACAAAGAAGAAACAUUUACAUCUGAAGGGGGGAGGAUUUUAGACCAAUAAAGAAACUUGCUGCUGAGCAUUCAGUUGAGUUGUUUUUUUACUCUCAGUACAAUGUGAAGCGAUGCUUUGCUGUACACCUGGUGAAUUUCUGACCUUCUCAGUCGGCCUUACACUCGCACUCUAUUGCUUUAUUGGUCUGUUGCUGGUAAAAACAUGUUACACAAAGUUGUUUUUUGCUUUCUUUUUUUGAAAUUUUUUUUUACCUUUGCUCUUUCAGUUAUUUUUUUUUCAUUGAUAGGAAUGUUUUAUUUAUGUUGUUGACAUCGGAAAUCGCUUGCCUUUGCUUUGUGCCAUGCUGUGUGUGCCAGUUAGUUGAUGCCAUAGACCUUUUGUUGUCAGAAUGUUACACACACACAAACUAUCACCAAACUAUCACAUCACAAAGAUCACCGUUCAAUUUUAAGAAAUAAAAAUGCUGUUACUUUCA